GCGCGGUCGGUGGUGCCGAUGGAGGCCGGCGCUGAGGCGGAGCCGCUGCUGCCCCCGCGGCGCUGGCAGGCGGGCCGGGGGCUGUGGCGGGAGCGCGGCGGUGCCCGCUCGGCCGCCGAGGACGUUGCUGGUGCUGAUAAUAACCUUUAUAUAAACCAAGCCAUAGUAUUUAUUGAAGAUGCAAUACAAUAUCGAUCUAUAAAUCACCGUGUGGACUCCAAAUCCCUGUGGCUUUAUCGAUGGUAUUAUUCCAGGACUUGCCAGUGGAUUUUGAGCUUAACCAUUACUGUAAUCUUGGCUUUGGCUUUCAUUGAAGAGCCUUCCUCGCUUACUGUCACGUCGGAUGUGCGAUACCGCCUUCCUGCCUGGAAUCCUCCCUGUGGCCUCACAGAGAGCAUUGAGCUGCUCUGCUUCCUUGUGUUUGUGGUUGAUGUAUCUGUGAAGAGUUACUUAAUUGGAUGGAAAGAAUUUUGGAAAAAUAAGUGGCUAAUGGCAUAUAUACUGACGUUGAUUGUUUCCCUUGCUGAUUGGAUUGUGUCACUGAGUUUUUUCUGCAAAGAGAGUGUGAGAAUAAGAAGACUCCUUCGCCCCUUCUUUCUUCUCCAGAAUUCUUCUAUGAUGAAGAAAACGUUAAAAAGUAUCAACAGCACAUUGCCUGAAAUGGCGAGUGUUGUUCUGCUACUGGCUGUUCAUCUGUCUCUCUUCACCAUGUUUGCCAUGCUGCUCUUUGCUCGAACAAAGGAUAACCAGCAGGAUAAGGAAUGGGCGGUGUAUUUCCGGAAUUUGCCAGAUUCCCUGACAUCACUGCUGGUCCUGCUGACUACUGCAAAUAAUCCUGAUGUAAUGAUACCUGCAUAUUCUAAGAAUCGAGCAUAUUCAAUCUUCUUCAUCCUCUUCACUGUAUUGGGCAACUUGUUUUUGAUGAAUUUGCUUACGGCAAUAAUAUACAACCAGUUUCGAGGGUACCUUCUGAAAUCAGUUCAGUCCUCCCUCUUCAGGAGGCGGCUGGGAAUCCGGGCUGCGUUUGAGGUGCUGUCUUCCCUGAAAGAGACUCCUGCACAACAGUCCUGUGUCAGUGUUGGGGCCUUACUACAGGUGCUACAGAAAGCUGAGAUGGAUUCUCGCUGCAAGCAAGCCAUCAUGAGAUCACUCAAAAUGUGCUCCUGUGACCAGCUGUCAGCUGCCCAGUUCCAGAAGCUCUUUGAAGAACUAGACAAAGAUGCCAUUAAGCAACACCCUCCCAGCCCAGAGUAUCAAUCCCAUUUUAUGCAGAAAAUGCAGUUUGCCUUUGGCCAUGCCUACUUUGGCUACCUGGGGAAUGUAGUAGCCCUGGCAAACAUUAUUUCUAUUUGUGUGGUUUUGGUGAUGGAUGCAGAUAAGCAGCCAUCAGAAAGAGAUGACUUCUUCCUGGGGGCUAUCAACUGCUUCUUCAUCCUAUACUAUCUGCUGGAAAUGUUGCUGAAAAUCUUAGCAAUGGGCUUGAAAAGAUACUUGUCUUAUCCAAGCAAUAGAUUUGAUGGACUUCUGACUGUAAUUUUGCUGAUUCUGGAGAUUGCAACUUUUGCCGUGUAUGGAUUUCCUCACCCGGGCUGGAGACCUGAAUUCAUGGGCUUGUUAUCCCUGUGGGAUAUGGUGAGGCUGGUGAACAUGUUAAUUGUGUUCAGGUUCCUGCGGAUUAUCCCAAACAUGAAGUUCAUGGCUUUGGUUGUUACUACACUGCUGGAUCUGGUGAAAAACUUAAGAGCCUUUGCAGGAAUCCUUGUGGUGGUUUUCUAUGCAUUUGCUAUAACUGGCAUAAUGCUCUUUAAAGGUGCUGUUGUUCCCUUGGGAAAUACUAGUGCUGCCAACACAACACAUGACAAUGGCACUCUGCAGUGUGGGACCUAUGAACAGCUGGAAUAUUGGCCCAACAACUUUGAUGACUUUGCUGCAGCAGUGGUGACCCUCUGGAAUGUGAUGGUGGUGAACAACUGGCAAGUUUUUUUGGAUGCAUUUUCAAGAUAUUCAAGUCCGUGGGCAAAGAUCUAUUUUGUAGCUUGGUGGUUGAUUUCCUCUGUCAUCUGGGUUAAUCUCUUCAUAGCUUUACUCCUGGAGAACUUUAUUCACAAGUGGGACCGUCGCUGCCAGCGAGAGUCUCUUUUAGAUAUUGAAUACCAGAGGACAGUUGAACUCAUGUUCAGAGAUGUUUUGGAAGAACCUACAGAGGAGGAGUUGAUGGAAAAACUGCACCAACACCCACACCUGCAUUUGUUGCUUAAGAAGGAAAUUGUGCAGGACUCAUCUGCAGAGCUUCCCAGUCACAGACGUGUGUUUCAUGGGAGUAACAAAUGGGAGGCCAGGAGUUUUCCUUUCAGGUACUGCAAAAUCACUUUGAGGUGCCAACACCUGGAAAGAUGAAAACCUCUAAAGAAGAGAUAAAGAUUAUUUUAUUUUUUUAAAAGUUUUUAUGUACUAUUUUUUCAUAUUUUUUUUGACAUGAGAGGUCUUUAACUCUUUAUCUGUAUUUUUAACCAGCAGAGGGAGUUUAAGCCCUCAUUUUAUAAUGACCAUGCGGGGUGGGCUGUGUGAUCAGCGCUUCUGGAUGUACUUAAGGGAACAUUCUCAGCAUAGCUAAGUUCUGGGGCCUGAAUCAAGGAGGUUGGAAUACAAUCAGGUUUUGUUUUUUAAUGGCAAAACAUAAAAAGGUAUGUUUUGAGGCAGUGAAUUAUCAGUAAUACCCAUCUGUUUGUACCAAGGUAUAUGGAUCUCUAACACUUCUGCAUUGUGCUUGAGGUAUGAAAAUAUAAGGGUAUGAAAGUGGUGCUUCUUAUAAAGUGCCAAAUCUAGGGGUUUUUUGCCUCUUAGUUAAAUAUUAACUAUUAAUGAGUCUCAGAACAAUCUCUGAUCUUUGAGAACCCCAGAGGACAGCAGUGGACAGAAUGUUUUGGAAAUAACUUUUAUCUUUUAAUGCAGUGAUCAAAUUUUCUUGUAGAUGGUUAUUGGGAAAGAAGUUACUUCUUCCAUCCUUUAACUUUUUAGUGUAUUAUUCUACAGCCUGUAUGUUCUGGUAAGAGGAACAUCCUGCUACAUCUUGUGUUCCAAAACAAGAGUGGUAAUGAAAUAGGUGAAAAUAAAUCAAGCACUGCUGGGCUUCCUUUAAACCUGUAAUUGUGGUUCCUCUGUGACAAUAAACUCUCAACUGAGCAUUCACCCCUGAGCAGUCAGGGUCUUUUAUACCAGCUCAAGCUGAUAACUGAAAAUGUAAACCGCAUUUUAAAGUAAUUCAUUGUAUACUCGGGGAUGACAAAUGUUAAAUAACAUUAAAUGUUAAUUUGAGCAGAUGCACAUGUUGUUGCCCUAGAAUUCUGGACAAAUUCUUCAGAACUGAGCAGUUUGUUCUUGUGUGCAAAUACAUAUUGACAAUAAUUACUUGGCUAGUUUCUUGGAUUUCCUUAAACUAGCACUAUACAAAUGUCUAUUUUUACUGCAAGAAAAGCUGAAAUGUUCUAACUUUUGAGAACUUACUUAGGUGGGGUGAACCUCAAGACCCACAUUACAGCAUUUCCCCUUUUUCACUUAAACCUGAGGAGCUACCACUUGUGUUUAUACAGCAUUGCAAACUAAAUUUACAUGUAGUAGUAAGGACUAAAACAAAUUGUGCUUUGUCAGGAAAGCGAAGAAAGGAACUGAGCAGUGAAAACAGUGUGGGAAGUCAGCAUGUCUGGCAUUGACACAGUGCUAUGAAAUCAACACUUUGAUGGCCUAUAAAGCAUAAUAACAGCUGUGUGAAAGGUUUGCUGUGCUUAGCUGGCAUUAUCUCUUGUGCAAAGGAAAGUACAUUGUAAACUAGUAAAAAUUAACUGCCACAGCACAAUGAUGGUUUUGUGACUGGGAAUUCAGAUAAAGUUUUGCCGCUGUUGGCGGAAUGAUGAAAAGGACUGGGGCCAUUUGCAUACAGGUGAGGAGAGGUGGUGAUGUCCUGUGUUCCCCAGAGGCCAAGGCACCACAGGUAGGCAAAGUACUCCAACUCUAAGUGCUGCCUUUAAUUUGACCUGAUUUUUUUUUUUUUUUAAGCUGGUUGUAGAGUAGGAGAAAAGGGUCUUGGGAAAUGGACAAUCCCAAGAAACGUCAUUGGGUGGCAGCAGAGCAUUUACCACUUGACAUGGCAUCCCAGCAAAAUAAAGCCAGAAAGAACUGCAGUUCUGCAUGCUUGUGAUACAGGUAACUGCAGAUGAGAUCUCAGAAUGGCAUUUAUGGUGUGACAGCCUUUUGUGUUUGGGACACAAGAUUUCUCUCCAAAAGUGUGCUUGCAUGUGUAUAUAUGUAAAUAUAUAUGUAUAUAUACACAUAAAAACAUGUAUGCCUGUAAACAUAAAAGCUGUGUCUCUGCAGGUGCGUUUGCUCUGUGAUACUGAGGAGCUUUAAUGUGAUGACUGCAACUAACAGCUCCCAAAUUAAAUCCCAUAUCCCUGGCAGACCAUGCUUGUUCCCAAGAUCUUGGUGCAAAUAAAAGCACGUAAAAGUUCUACUGGAAAGAAUCAAGUGGGUCUGUGAAUGUGGCCAGAAAAAGUGAUAGUUUUUAUUAGAAAUUUCUGGUUUUCUGUAGUAAAAAUAUGAGAAGCAGAACAGUAUUUGUUAUCCUUUUAGGAAGAAAUUAACCUUUCAAUAUUUUUUUCUACAGGGUGAGUAUUUGGCCUUUUUGGAUAACGUAGAUAGUGCUUGAAAGACUUCGAGAAUCUGUCCCUCUUUGGAACUAGAAGAUAAGUCUGUUUGGGGUGUGUUCAUUUCAGUGAAGAGAUAGAGCAUUUGGUUUUCUUUGUUUUCUGUUUUCCUUUAACAUCUCAUGGUGUAGCUCACACAAAGGGAUGUGUCAUAUCCUUAAGGAGAAUACAAACUACAGCAGGCAUACAUACAAAUGUGCCUUUUUCCUUUACAGAAUCACAUACUUGUUUGCUGUCUUUUUAAAAAUUGUGAGUUGCUGCUAUUGUAAAUCUCUUAACUUUAAACUGCCCAUUCUACUAUCACCUCCAUGGAAAUGACAUCAGUCUCCUACUUUAUGGACAAUGUUGUUGGUAGUGUGUAAACUCAGUGACUGGAAGGAAUUUAACAUCUUUCUUUUGCUAAUUUGCCUGGGAAUAAGAAAGAACUGUCUCCAUGGACUUCCUUCAGGCAUCAGGGAUGGGCUGAAUUUAGGAAUUGUUUGUCCCUGAGGUAGGGAGGGACCUCAGUGGUUCACUGCUCCUACUGAGCACCGAAUGUCAAAUACCAAUCCUUACAGUCUGACCUGAAGGUCUUGCCUUAGUAAUGCUGAGGUUUUUCUGAACUCACUGAACUCAUUUCUGUUUGGUUCAAACCCAAGACCCACAACCCACAGAAACAAGAGCAAGCUCUGUACGAAAGCUGCUCUGUUUUGAAGCUCUCAUUGAGCUCAGGAUUCAGUGCUUGAUUCUGCAUCUCCAAAAGGUAUGAUCUUGCAUGAAUAAGAGGCAGCAUUUUCUGGAUCCCAGCUCCCUGGAAGUCCUAAACCAUUGUUCACUCAUGGUAUAUGGUCUCUUCAAAGAAUAAAGGCUUUUGGCUCCUGCAGAGCUUAAUAAAACCUAUUUUUAUACCA